GAGCUGACCUUAGCGAGGCUGGUGGAGAAGUGGAAGGAGUUGAAGGAGGAGGAAAUGCACCACUACAUUCGCCUGGCCGAUGAAGAUCGCCAACGCUUCGAACGCGAGUAUGAGGAGUGGAGGACUCAACGGGCAACAGCCGGAAAGAAAGAGGAGUCGCUCCAGGUGCUGCUGGACAAGCGGCGUGCCACUCUGGAGAAUACGCUCGCGAGAUUCGCAGGAGUGGCAACGACAAGUACCGAAAGCAAGCCGAAACGCCAAAGAAGGCAGGUACCGAAGCCUCCUCCUGGCUUCCCCAAGCAGCCGGUGAGAUCGGGUUAUGCGCUCUUCUGUUCCGAGCAGAAGGCGGGCGUUGCGGCAAGGAUGUCCCAGUCAACGGAAGAGGCGGCUGCCGUGGAAGGAGAAACUGCCGAGCCGAUAGCAGAUCCACCUCAGGCGAAGCCGAAAGGCGUUGCCGUCCUGGGAGAGCUCAAGAAAGCUUGGGGAGAGCUCUCCGCUGAGGAGAUGCGGCAGUACGCUGUGAGAGCCGCCGAGGAUCAAGACAGAUUCCGGCGAGAGCUGGAGGCUUGGCAGGCAGAUCCAGCGAACCAGGACACUGCCGAGGAGUCGGUGAUCCAG